AUGGGCAAUGGUGCUGCAAGUGCUGCCAAAGCCAAGGCCCGAUUUUCGUUGGUUUCCAGUCCUUUCCCUCUUAGACUCUUUGCGAACUUCCAAAGCCGGCUGCAGGCCCUGGCGAGCAAUCCCGAUGGCUCUCAAGGAGCGUCUGCUUCCCAGGAGGUGGCCACGGCAGCGAACGACCAGGUUGAGGUUGGUCGGCUGGGGAAUAUGGCGACUUUCCCGAGUGAAGCUUCUGGCACCUCCGUGGAUGGCCCAGCAACAAUGCGCCGCCGGGAGAAGCGGCCGGAGAUGCUGGACCCGCAGCUCGAGGAGUUCCUCACGAAGGCCUUUCAGAAGCAUUUUCUUCUGAAGUCGGUGCCGGAGGACGAGUGCAAGGCGCUGAGUCUCUCGAUGAAGGUGAAACAUGCCGUCCCUCAAGAGGUCAUCGUGAGACAGGGCGAGACGGUGGAGUCCGUGUAUUUCAUCAGGUGCUUCAUUGCAUCGCCCAACUGGGUUGCGGGGGCCAAACAUGUGACGCUACUCAGGCCUGGUGACUCCUUUGGAGAACUGGCCUUGCUCUACAGCAUCCCUUCCUCGACUACCAUAGUGGCCGCCGAGAAUGGUGAACUCUGGAAGAUGGAGCGGCAGCGUUUCCUGGAGUGCAAGGAGCAGUUGAGCUCUUCCCAGAUAGAGAAGGCCAUGGAGUUCUUCCAGGCAUGUCAGGAUUUCCGGUAUCUGAAGGAGGAUGAUCAGAAGUCUCUGGCAGCAGUCUGCACCUCGAAAACCUUUGAGGACGGCUCUGUCGUCUUGAGAGAUGAAGAGGUUGGUGAGUGCAUGUUAAUAGUCAUCAGCGGCCAAGUGGCUGCUGCUGAGUCGACUAUUGACGCCUUUGACAGGGUGUCCUAUGGCAAGCCGGGGUCCGUCAUUGGCAGUGUUGGGGUCAUCUACAACAAGCAGCAGGCCAAAGCGUUUGCCAAGGGACCCGUGGAGUGUCUGUGUCUCAACAAGGCGGCCCUGAGUGGCUUCAGCCCUUCUGUUCUUGACGUGCUGCGACGGGCAGCUUUCAAGGCCAUCCUUCACAGUCUUCCGCGGAACCCGUUGGACCCGGAGCCGUGGCGUAUUCUCUCUGAGCAACAAGUGAACCUCCUCAUAUCCAGAACUGAGGAUGGCAUCUUUGAGCCUGGCGAGAUCAUCUUUGCUCCUCAGGAUGGUGCGCAGCUGAUUGUGGUCAUAUCCGGACAGGUGGCAAUCAUGCAGGCUCUUGCCAAGACCCGCGAGGAAGAUGACCUCGUGUUUGCUGCCGAAGAUGUUGACGUUGUCAAGGCAUCUGACAAGGUCAUCGAAGCUGGCCACUGCUACGGCAAACAACCGGAGUUCUUGGAAGGCGUUUCCAUGUCAACCUUUGGCAUCGCCAUUGGGAAGGUUCGCCUCCACCGGAUUCUGCACAGCAACGUGCAGGAUCUCCUGGGAGACUCUCUGAUGGAGGUCAUGCGCUGUGCAGAGAUCAAGCGGGUGCUUUCAGACAUCUUCCUCUUCAAGAACUUGAAUGAGGAGCAGAUUGAUCGGACGGUGCGUGAACUGGAGCAGCAGAUUUUUGCCGCUGGUGAAAUCAUUGUCCAGCAAGAUGAUCCUGCCAGGCAUUUCUACCUCAUCCAGCGAGGGACGGUGGUUGUCCGAAAGGAUGGGAAAGUGCUUCGGACGCUGGGGAGGUGGGAUUAUUUCGGUGAGCGAGGCCUCCUUCUCCAGGAGCGGCGGUCGGCCACUUGCCAGGCCUUGGAUGAGUGCAUCUGCCUGGUCUUGGAUGCAGACGAAUUCUUCCAGAUAGUUGGCCAUUUCAAAGAUGAGCUGGAACGACGGAUGCAGCUGCAGGAUCUGAACCUCUCCAUCUCCGACCUCCAGUGCACGGCGGUGGUUGGCCGGGGCACCUUCGGCGUCGUGCGCCUUGUGACGCCCAAGGGCAAGAAGGAUGCGCCGGAGUAUGCUCUGAAGUGCGUCAAGAAAGCGCAGGUGGUAAAGGGCCGGCAGGAGAAAGCCAUCAUCAUGGAACGAGAGGUGAAUGCUCAGUGCUAUCACCCCUGCAUCGUGCAAUUCAUCAAGACGUUCCAGGACAAGUACAACGUCUAUUUCUUGACGGAGUUUCUAGGUGGUGGUGAUCUGUUUUACGCCAUCCGUGCGAUUGGAGCAUUGACCAAGCUGCAGUCACAAUUCUUCACGGGCUCCAUCGCCCUAGGGAUCGAGUACCUACAUGGUCGUGGCAUCAUGUACAGGGACCUCAAGCCAGAAAAUGUUUUACUCGACUUCGCAGGGCGUGCGAAGCUUGUGGACUUUGGCUGCUGCAAGAAGGAGAUCCGAGCAAACACCCUUGUUGGGACUCCCGAGUACUUGGCACCAGAGGUGAUCAAAGGCAAGGGUUACACCAAGUCUAUCGACUGGUGGUCCCUUGGAGUCAUGCUGUAUGAGUUCGUGGUCGGUCCCAUCCCCUUUGGUGCUGGCGAAGAGGACCAGAUGCGGCUUUUUGCAGCAAUCAGCGAGGCCCCGCUGCUGUUCCCCAACUACGUUGCCGAGGAUGCCAUGCAGGUGCUUAGCGGGCUUCUGGAGCGGCGGCCAGAGCGGCGCCUAGGGAGCUCUGGGGCCAAGGAGAUCAAGAAGCACCUGUGGUUCAAAGGGUUUGAUUGGGAUGCGUUGGCUGGGGGGUUCUUCCCACCUCCAUGGCAGCCUGAUGCGCAGGCCCAGAUGAAGAACUGGGAGGAGCCGGACGGUGAUCUUAUGGAUCAUGUAAGCACGGAGAGCUUCACGUUCACCAAGGGAAUGGAAUGGGCGAAGAUCUUUUGA